AUGGCUUCUUGUGAAAAUUCGGCUUUUGUUGACGGUCUUUUGUGUGAGUCUGUUACAGAGCAGCAGAUGGGCUCAGAGAUUUUGGUGCAAUCUAUUUCUGAGCUGCCCUCCUGCUCGGACGAUAAGUCUUUACUUGAUUCUAAUGUGGACCCUAUCAGUAUAUCAGAUAGGUCUCUGGGAUUGUCUAGGAAUGGCAAUGCUGAUGCUGGUUGUAUGAGCUGGGGUGAGAUUGUAGAUGUUGAUAUAGAUGGUUUGAUGGGUGAGCAUGAAAAUGCUAAUGUUUCGGAACCGGGAAAUAUUUUGACCAGGGAAUGGGGGCUGAACAGAUGUUGCUUGACUGAGAGUCAGAGUAAUGUUGAUGACUCAAAUAGGGAAGGUGGGCCCCAAGGUGAGGAUAGAUCUGCUGGUUCAUUUGGGGACUGUGAAAUCCCUUUGGAAGUCAUACCUCAGACUGUUUCACCAGGACAUGGUAUCCAACAGGAUGAGCAAAGGUAUGAUAAUUAUCUGUUUUCUGAAGGGGUUAGGGAAGUUACGGAAGAGAUGAAGAACGAUAUCCAUGAACUAGUCUCUCCUUUACAGGGUUGUGAAAUUCCCUCAGAAUUAGCUGACAUGGAAGCUUGUGGAAGCUCCCAACAAGAAGAGAAGGGUUUCAACAUCAUAUCUGGUUCCUCUUUUGAAGCUGCUUGUGAGGAAAGUGUUGUUUUGGCCAGGAUAGAAGCAGAUUUGUGCAACAGGACAUCACCUAAACAGGAUGGUGGAAUGCCUUCGGAAGUAUCAUAUGCAUGUGAUUUAGUAAGUAAUUGUGUCUGGAAAAAUGAAGAGAUGGAGGACAAUCGUGUUAGUGGUCUGAAUAGCCUCUCUACAGAAAGGACUACAGAGAUUGUUGAGACGAGGUGCAACCAAAUAUUGCCUUCACAAGGUUUCACUCAACAGAAUGAUCAGAGGAGUGAUGAGGUUAAUGGCGGUUCCUUUGUUGAAAGGGCUACAGAGUAUUUGGAAGAGACAAGUGAUGCUCUGCCAGAUGAAAGGGCUGUAAUUCACACCCAGAUAUUACCUGUAAAAGCUAAUGUUUACUAUUCUAACGAAGGUUCUUCCAAAGUAGCCCCUGACUGCGUUAUUGAGAACUCUGUUUCCAUGCAGUCAUGUCAAACCUUUGGGACUGCCAAUAACAGUGUCAAUGGGCCCUCUGCUGAUAGUGUUACAGAGGUUGUUGAGAUGGAAAGCCAUAUUGGUGCGCACAAUCAAAUAGUGCCUCCAGAGGGUUGCCAGAGGGCCUUUGAAGGUUCACAUGUGUCAGAUUCACCGAGUGUUUGCACCCAAGAGAAUGGUGAGAGCAAUGGUAAGAUUAUUGGUUUUCUCUCUGCCAAAAGGGUAACAGAGUUUGAAGAACAGAAAAGUGAUGCUACAACCAACAUAAAGGUUGAAAUUGGCGCCCAGAUAUUACUACUGGAGGAAAAAGCCUCCAAUCUGAAGGAAGGUUCUUCUGAACUAGCCCCCAAAAGUAUUCAUGAGAAAUCUGUUUUUAUGCAAUCGUUUCAACCUUUUGAUAUCGUCAACAGUGGUUCUUCUGAGAGGCUGGAUGUACCAGAUAAGGAUUCUCCUGCUCAUGUUGAUUCUAGCACUUCAUUUGACCAUUAUGGAGAGAUGGAUCAUGAAGGAAAUGAUAAUGUCAGAGUUGAUUGUGUUUCUAACACCAAAUGUGUUGCAUUAUCUUCUCGAAGGAGCGGCCGAAGCCGCAAGACUCAGACAAAAAGGGCUCCAAGGAAAGGCAGGAACACAUCUAAAGUGUUAGACCCGCUUGGAAGUGUUGAAAUUGUCUUCAAGGCUGCUGGAAGGAAGAGGAGCUGCCUUUCCAAACCAGCUCGUUCUUCUAUCUGGGGAUUAUUGGGGAAUGUUACACAAUCUUUUGAAGAGAGUAACAGGCUUGAGGUCAGUCAAGGUCUGAUUCAAGGAUCACAGAAAGGAAGGGGUGGCCAAAGAAGUGGAAAACGGAAUCCAAGUGGGGCUAGUGGAAACUCACGAGGGUCAAGGGGGAAAUGCCGUGCUUCAACUAAUCAUGUUCGUUUGAAGGUUAAAUUGGGGAAAGAAAUGGUUAAAAGUUCUUUCUAUAUCAGAGUACCUGAGGUUGUUGAUAACACAGCAUAUGAAAAUUCUGUUGAAAAAGAGAAUGGCAUUGAGGGUAAUUGGAAUAAAGAAGCCACUCUUAGGGAGGAUAAAACUUGUCCAGAUGCUCCUGUUCUGGAUGGAGAUCUGGCUAAUAAGGACUUGGAGAGUGUUGUUCUUACAGAGAAUUCAGCUGAAGAUGUGAUAGAGAAUUUUCCUGGGGGUUCAUCUCAUACAAUUGCUGUAUCAUCAGGAGGAUCUGUUGGGACUAACUAUAGAGAUCCUGGAACUUCACCUGAUUCAGAAGUAACCAAUUUAGUUCCGGAUGCAGAUGUUGAGGCAAGACCACGGGAAGAUUCUAAUGGUAUUGUUUUGACUUCUGACAAGGCUUUUUCUGCUUCUGGAGACUUUAUUAGCACUAAGAGAGGAAAGAAGAAACAUAAAGUACCUCAUGCGGAAAAUUGUGUUCGGGAAGAUGGUAUAUCGUGUCCAGCAAGCAUAAAUAAAGAAAAACCAUCAAAACAAGAUGGACGCAGACAGAAUGUUAGUCAGGAUUUUUGCCCUAGUGAGACAUUCACUUCAUCCACCUGUGCAAAUGCUUCAAGUAAUUCAUCAAGCGACAUGGAAUCAUCUUUGGAGCCCUUGCGUUUGUCAGGAGAAACCGAUCAUGGAAUUUCUAGAGAUGUUCGCAAAGUUGAAAUUGGUGCAGAAGCUAAAACACAUUGCAAUCUAGAUGUAGGCUUAGGGUUAUCAAAAUCACAAUCCUCAAAAAACUAA